AUGAGCAGGUCCGUAGCGCUGUUGCUCUGCCUGCUGGGCUGCCACGUUUGGAAGGCGGUGACCAAGACGCUGCGGGAGCCCGGCGCCGGAGCCCAAGAGGUCACCCUGAAGGUGCAUAUCAGUGAUGCCAGCACCCACCAGCCCAUUGGGGAUGCACUGAUUGAGAUUUUCAACAAUCAAGUCUCCAUUGCCUCUGGCACAUCGGGGACAGAUGGUGUCGCCUUCAUCAAGUUCCAGUAUAAGCUGGGCAGUCAGCUAGUGGUCACUGCCACGAAGCAUGGCUACGUGCCAAACUCUGCCCCAUGGAAGCCUAUCCGAUUCCCAGUAUUUUCUUCACUGAGUCUUGGCCUGCUUCCAGAGAGAUCUGCUACACUAAUGGUAUAUGAAGAUGUUGUCCAAAUAGUAUCAGGAUUCCAAGGUGCUCGGCCGCAGCCUCGCGCUCACUUCCAGAGGAGGGCCCUGAGAUUGCCGGAGAACACCAGCUACAGCGAUCUGACCGCUUUCCUCACAGCCGCCAGCUCCCCCUCGGAGGUGGACAGUUUUCCUUACUUACGAGGAUUAGACGGCAAUGGAACAGGAAACAGCACUAGGUACGACCUGACCCCGGUCACGGCUGUCAGUGUCCACCUGCUCAGCAGUAAUGGAACGCCGGUGCUGGUGGAUGGGCCCAUCUAUGUCACCGUGCCCCUGGCCACACAGAGCAGUCUGAGGCACAAUGCCUAUGUUGCAGCGUGGCGGUUUGACCAGAAGCUGGGAACGUGGCUGAAGAGUGGGCUGGGCCUCGUGCAUCAGGAGGGCAGCCAGCUGACGUGGACGUACAUAGCCCCGCAGCUGGGCUACUGGGUGGCAGCCAUGUCUCCUCCCAUCCCAGGUCCCGUUGUAACACCGGACAUUACCACGUAUCACACGGUGUUUCUUUUGGCCAUUUUAGGAGGAAUGGCUUUCAUACUUUUGGUUUUGCUGUGUCUCCUUUUAUAUUAUUGCAGGAGGAAGUGCUUGAAACCUCGUCAGCACCACAGAAAACUCCAGCUUCCUGCGGCCCUCGAGAGUUCCAAAAGAGAUCAGUCCACAUCGAUGUCACACAUCAACUUGCUGUUCUCUCGGCGGGCGUCAGAAUUCCCUGGGCCGCUGUCCGUCGCCAGCCAUGGCCGCCCAGAGGCCCCAGGCACCAAGGAGCUGAGGAGUGGGGUCCACCUGGACAUGAUGUCUCCCAGCGGUGAAGGGGACCUGCACACACCCAUGCUGAAGCUCUCCUACAGCACCUCACAGGAGUUCAGCUCCCGGGAGGAGCUGCUCUCUCACAAGGAAGAGGAGAAAAGCCAGAUCUCCUUGGAUAACCUGACGCCCAGCGGGACCCUGGGUAAGGACUACCAGAAGUCCGUGGAGAUCUUCCCCUUGAAGGCCAGGAAGUCUGCAGAAAGAGAGGGCUACGAGUCCCCCGGCCAGGAGGACUACCGAGGUAGUUACAAGGCCAUGCUCUCACAGCCCUUGUUUGAGAAGCAGGAGCGGGAUGGUCCUUCGAUGGCAGGAAGCAAGAUGGCCAUGCAGGAGCACAUGUAUCCGGCGCCAGCGUCUCCUGAAAAAGAGCAGCUGCUGGACCGCAGAGCUAACGAGUGCAUGAUGUCACGCUCGGUGGACCACCUGGAGAGGCCCACAUCCUUCCCACGGCCGGGCCAGUUGAUCUGCUGUAGUUCUGUGGACCAGGUCAAUGACAGUGUUUACAGAAAAGUGUUGCCUGCCUUGGUCAUCCCUGCCCAUUACAUGAAACUCCCAGGGGACCAUUCCUAUGUCAGCCAGCCUCUGGCGGUUCCAGCCGACCAGCAGCUGGAGAUCGAGAGACUCCAGGCUCAGCUCGCAAAUCCGCACACUGGCGUCUUCCCCCAUCCCGCCUCCCAGAUACAGGGCCAGCCCUUGUCUUCCCAGGCCAUCUCACAGCAGCACCUGCAGGAGGCAGGCACCCGGGAGUGGAGCCCUCAGAACGCGCCCAUGUCCGAGUCUCUGUCCAUCCCGGCAUCCUUGAACGACGCGGCUCUCGCUCAGAUGAACAGUGAGGUGCAGCUGCUGACGGAGAAGGCGUUGCUGGAACUGGGCGGUGGGAAGCCGCUCCCACACCCACGAGCGUGGUUCGUCUCCCUAGAUGGAAGGUCCAAUGCUCACGUUAGACACUCUUACAUUGAUCUCCAAAGAGCUGGAAGGAACGGAAGUAACGACGCCAGUUUGGACUCUGGCGUGGAUAUGAACGAACCAAAAUCUGCCCGUAAGGGAAGGGGAGACCCUUUGCCCCUCCCGCAGAACCACCCGCCGGUCCAGGAGCAUCAGCAGAAAGAGCCCCACGCCCAAGACGGCACCGCCUACACGCAGCUCGUGUACUUGGACGACAUGGACCAGAGCGGCAGCGAGGGAGGCACCACGGUGUGCACCCCUGAGGACAGCGCGUUGCGGUGCUUGUUGGAAGGACCCAGCAGGAGGAGCGGAGGCCAGCUGCCCAGCCUGCAGGAAGAGACGACCAAACGAACUGCAGACGCGCCCCCAGAGCCACCAGGCAGCCCCCGCCCGAGAAGGCCUGCUGCCGACGAAGAGGAUGAGGACGACGAGGACGACGACCAAGGAGAAGACAAGAAAAGCCCCUGGCAAAAGCGAGAAGAGAGGCCCCUGAUGGCAUUUAACAUUAAAUGAGCUGCCGCAGAGCCACCCAGCUGUGGAAUAGCAAAUUUUGCCAAAUAU